AUGCUCAAUAAUAUCUCCGCCGGCGGUUCCAUUCAUGGCAUUUCUGGUGCAAAGGACCUCCAUGCUCAGGACCUGAAAAGACACGAGAAAUUAGACGGUGUCCUGGGAGUGAACUUAGGCACUGGUUUGUCUGCCGGCGGAGGACUGACGCUUCAUCAAGAAUUAAUCAUGACGAUGCCUGGUACAGGUGGGGCUUCGUCGAUUGGACAAGGAGAUGACAAACCUGCAAAGCAAAAACGACACCGAACGCGAUUUACACCUGCCCAGCUUAACGAAUUGGAAAGGUGUUUUAGUAAAACGCACUAUCCUGACAUUUUUCUUAGAGAAGAAAUUGCUAUGAGGAUCGGCCUGACGGAAAGCAGAGUACAAGUAUGGUUCCAGAACAGACGUGCAAAGUGGAAGAAGCGCAAGAAGACAACCAACGUUUUCCGGUCUCCUGGAGCACUUCUUCCGUCGCAUGGUCUUCCGCCCUUUGGAGCCAUGAGUUCCGAAUUGUGUGGGGCAGCAGGAAUGUUCCAUGCACCCACUGAUCGAUGGGGAAUGGGUCCAGGUCUUGGUCAGCUGGGUCAAGGAGGCAUGGGCAUGGGUGGUUUUGGCCAAAGUCUUGGACAACUUGGUCAACAGAGUUCCGGAAGUCUUGGGUCCAGUCUAGGUAUCAGUAAUUCUGGGUUGCCGAUUAGCAGUCCGUCGCAAAGCGUCUACCAAGCUAGCUAUGGAUUAAAUUCCCUCGGUGGAGUUCACAUGUCAGCCUCGCGAGGUUCACCUCCCGGUGGGUCAUCAGUGGGUGGUGGUCAAGGUGGGGGUCUGGGAUCCGGUCUAAAUUGUGGUCAAGGUUCUCCGGGAGCGACUUCCGGUAGCGGCGGUGGUGCCGGAAGUACCGUCUCGUGUGUGGUGAGCGAGGGAAAUGGGAACGAAGCCUCUGAUUGGAGAGGAGCCCACAGCAUCGCGGCGCUCAGGCGUCGAGCUUCCGACGCUUCCCAGCAAUACAGCCCGCAACCACCUCCACCUGGUCCACCUCAAUAUGCUCAUGAUUUGGAGUACAGUUCGGUCUACUGA